GCAAGUUCAAUAUGGCUAGUGUUGCGUCAGGGGGUGGCAGCUUGCUUGGCUCACUGAAACGAUUUGAUGCUUAUCCUAAGACGAUGGAGGAUUUCAGGAUAAAAACCUGCGGAGGUGCCACAAUAACGAUAAUCAGUGGAGCAAUAAUGAUAGCUUUAUUUGUUGCUGAACUUCAGUUCUUCUUAGGAGUCUCUAUAAAAGAAAAGCUUCUGAUGGAUACUACGAGAUCAGAACUACUUGAUAUUUAUUUAGACGUUACAUUUCAACACUUACCUUGCGAUCAUAUUAGUGUAGAUGCUAUGGAUGUGUCGGGGGGUCAGCAAGUAGAUGUGGACCAUGACAUAAAGAAGAGGAGGUUAAAGGCAGAUGGGACGCGGAUUAAUGAAGAAAAGGUAGAAGAGCUCGGUAAUAGCACGGUUGCACUUGUACUUGAUCCUAAUAGGUGUGAGAGUUGCUAUGGCGCGGAGACAGCGGACACUAAGUGUUGUAACACGUGCGAGGAGGUGCGCGUGGCUUACCGUCUUAGGGGCUGGGGACUUGAAUCUCUUGCUGCUUUCGAACAGUGUAAAAGAGAAGGGCUAGCUAAAGCUUUGACAGAUAUGAAAGAUGAACAAUGCAACGUACAAGGUCGGCUGAGAGUCAGCAAGGUGUCAGGUAAUUUCCACAUAUCCCCGGGGAAGAGCUUUCAACAGAGCCACGCUCACGUGCACGACUUAAAGCUCCUCCAGCAGUUCCCACUAAAUCUUACUCACACAAUUAACAGUUUAUCGUUUGGAGAAUUUGUUCCAACGCAGACUAACCCUCUAGAUAACCACACAUUUGUUGCUGCUGAACUUAAUGCUAUGAGACAGUACUACGUUCAAAUUGUACCUAUGAGAUAUCAGAAGAUAAAUGAGGAAAUAGUGUUGAGUAAUCAGUAUUCUGUGACUCACCACCAUAAAGCAAUAGAUCUAAAUAAAGCUGCAAGGGGGGAACAGAGUGGCUUACCAGGAAUGUUUGUGACCUAUGACAUAUCUCCUUUAAUGGUAGAAGUAAUCGAGCACAGAAGAUCCUUCACUCAUUUUCUGACCGGAGUUUGUGCCAUAGUUGGGGGUGUCUUUACUGUUGCUGGCAUAAUCGACUCAUUUGUCUAUAAUUCCUAUCGGGCAUUCCAGAAGAAGUUGGAGUUGGGGAAAGUUAACUAGAUUUCGUUCGGGAUAAUGAAUCAAGAUCUGAUCUAGCUUCCCAUAUAGAUAAUAUUGACGAAAUUUGUAUAUUUUGGAGAAUUUUAAAUUAAGUUAGUUCGAUCAGGAAUAUUUUUAUCAGAUUUUAGGUUGACUGAAGUUGUGCCAUCGGUGAGAUUUUAUUGUGGUUCGGGUUACAAUAGCAUAAAUUAUUAUCAGUUUUGAAAGUCCGCUAAACUAAAGUUUUGUUUGGAUGUUACUUUGAGCUAUUUCUUUUCUUGAUUAGUUAGUUAAUAUUGUGUCAACCUAUUUAAGUUUUUUAAGUGUUCACUUUCGGCAGUUUUUGACGAUUAUUCAGUAUUGAAGUUUGAUUUCAUGUCAUUUCACAAUA